UUUUGCAUCCUGACCCUAUCAAUUCGAAAACAUCAUCUCCCCGUGCAGCGAAACCCCCCAAAAAAAAUUCCCAACUCGAACAGUCUAGGGCACUGGGCGCUCACGGCCGAGAAGCUGCUCGAAUCCCCUCCAAAAUUCCAAGCCAAACUGUCGCCUCGCGAUCAGCAUGUACCCCAAUCCCCGCAUAGGCUGCGUGCUGGGUAGAUCUCUUGCCGUGGAAGUAUUGAUCCUGUCUUGUUCCUGACCAACUGAGGAUUGGAGCUUUGUGAUUCUGUGAUCUUCUUGUGGAGAUAUGGGCAAGCCUCUGAUCUAUGAGAUAUUGGAGAAACCAGCCAGUAGUAGCGUGAUAGGCAUCUGCUCCCUGAUCUGGUUCUUCAUCCAGAAGAGGAACAUUGGGUAUGGAGAUGUUGGGCUGAGCUACGAGGCCGCCAUGGAAGGCGGGCAGUACUGGAGGAUCAUCACCUCCGCCUUCUCGCACAUCAGCGUGGUGCAUUUGGUGUUCAACAUGAGUGCAUUGUGGAGCCUUGGUGUUGUCGAGCAGUUGGGGCAGAUUGGGCUCGGUGUUGAGUACUACCUCCAUUACACGCUUGUGCUCGUGGUGCUGUCUGGAUUGCUUGUUCUUGGGUUCUACCAUGUGAUGAUUCAGAAGUUCAAGGUGGAGUAUUUCAGGAGGGUGACCGCUGUCGGGUACUCGUGCGUCGUGUUUGGGUGGAUGACAAUUCUGGCUACAAAGCAACCGUCGUCGAAGCUGAAUAUCUUCGGGGUUCUUUCGCUGCCUAUCAGCUUCGCGCCGUUUGAAUCGCUGAUAUUCACAUCUAUCAUGGUUCCUCAGGCGAGUUUCAUUGGCCACUUAUCAGGGAUCAUUGUUGGCUACUCAAUUGCCUGGGGUUUGGUUCAUGGAAUGAAUAACUAUUGGGCUAUCACCAUGUUUGGUUGGAUUGUGCUUGUGUUUGUCUUGAGCUUGAAGCGUACAGGCUCGAUGGAUUUGAGAUUUAUUGAGAUUGAGCCAGUUACGGAUCCCUCGCUGCCUUCUGUUGGCGUAGUUGCCUCAAGAAAUGGCAGGACUCUUCAGAUGGAUGUGCUUCCGAGAAGAGGAGUUGCAGACAUUGUAUGACUUGCAAAGUGGGAUGCUCAAUCGCUGAAAUGUUUUAUAGAUAGUCCUAAACUUCUCUGAAAAUUUUCAGACAUUGUAUUACUUGCAGAGUGGAAUACUCGGCCGCUGAAAUGUUCGAUAGAUAGUAUUGUUCAAGCCCUGAAUUGUAUCAUGCUGAUUCAAUACUAUACUUCCAGUUUUGAAAAUCUGGAGUUACUUUCUUUGGUCAUUUCUGCUGCAAAUGAAUUCUUUUAUCUGGACUAAAGGAAAUAUUUGUGAAGGACAGCAUGAGAGGUUGUUCAACAGAAUUUGUUCAGCACGCUUUUCUUUUCAGGUUUUUCCUAUGCUAAUGUCUAGUUUACUUAUGAGGUGUAUUGCAUGAGAAAAAUCGAUGUUCUUUUUAAGGAAUUGUGCUUAAUAGAACUGCUCUGUUUUCCCUGCACCAUUAGUUCAGGUCUCAGGGGUACAUGUUUGCUCUUUCUAUGAGUUAUUGUUUGCUCUUUUUACUUAUUAUUCCUUAGUAAAUUGUUCUAGGUAUAGGUUUCUUUUCACGGUUUGAAAUGCUGAAACCCUGAAACUUAUGCAUUCGUGUAUGUUGAUUGCACUGUGGCAUUAUUCUUAGAAUAACACAGAUGAAUACAGUGAAGACAAACUCUUUGGCAGGAAGCUGCUUGCAGUUGCUAGCUUGAUAUGCAGUAAAAUGUUCAGUGUUCAAAAAGUGGCAGAACAUCACCCCGUGCACAUUAUAUUCGCAAGUCGCAACGUUACAACGUCAACAUUUCACCAAUUCACAACUAAAAACAACGUGUUGCUGGUAAGUAGAAUCGUAUGCCCUGCUGUCCAAAAGGAAUGAUCUUCAGGCUUUU